CGUGGUGCGCGCUGAGCCCCUUCCCGCCUCUUGCUGGUGGAGGAGCCAGCCGUGCAAGGAGGCGCCCGGGCGCUCGUCAGUUGCUAAGAUACUGGCGGCGGCGGCGGCGGCGGCGGCUCCCUAACUCGGAGGCAUCUGUUGGGUCCUAAGGCAGCGGCUGCUCCAGGGUCCCGCUGGCGCAAGGGAGGUGCCGCUGGGCUAGCGGGCGAGGGUGCAUCCGACCGCCUUGCUGCUUCCCUUCACGCGCCUCCCCCUGACCCGGCGCGGCGAGCCACCGCAGGACUCCCCGCUCCGGCUCCGGCUCCAUCCCUCUCCCUCCUCGUCCCCUCCUCCCGGCCCCGCCCGGCUCCGGGUCUCUCUCUCUCUCUGUGUGUCGCUCGCUCACUGCGGCUGCGGGCGGCAUCCAUCGCCGAGGAAGGCAGACCAAGAGGCAGGGAACUCAGCGCCGCCGACACCACCAGCCCAGCCCAGCUCGCUCCCGGGGCAGAUGCAGGCCAUCAAGUGUGUGGUCGUGGGAGACGGGGCUGUCGGGAAGACCUGUCUGCUGAUCAGCUACACAACCAAUGCCUUCCCUGGAGAGUACAUCCCCACUGUGUUUGAUAAUUAUUCUGCCAAUGUCAUGGUAGAUGGAAAGCCAGUAAACCUUGGUCUGUGGGACACAGCAGGCCAAGAGGAUUAUGACAGGCUACGUCCUCUUUCCUAUCCACAGACGGAUGUUUUCCUGAUCUGCUUCUCACUGGUGAGCCCAGCCUCCUUUGAAAACGUCCGAGCCAAGUGGUACCCAGAGGUCCGACAUCACUGCCCCAACACACCAAUCAUCUUGGUGGGCACCAAGCUGGACCUCAGAGAUGACAAGGACACCAUUGAGAGGCUGCGUGACAAGAAAUUGGCCCCCAUCACUUACCCCCAGGGCCUAGCCAUGGCCAGGGAAAUUGGUUCAGUGAAGUAUCUAGAAUGCUCUGCCCUUACACAGCGAGGCCUCAAGACUGUCUUCGACGAAGCUAUCCGUGCUGUGCUCUGUCCCCCACCUGUGAAGAAGCCUGGCAAGAAGUGCACCGUGUUCUAAGGGCAUCUGAGUUCAGCAUGUUGUGGGUGUCUCCUCCUUGCGCGUGCGAGGAGGGAGCGUUUGCUGGGUGUUCCCGCAAUGGGAGAGGCGGGGCCCUUCAUCAUGUACGAAGUCAGUGUUUUUUUAAAUGUCUCUUUGAUUUAACGUCUGUGUCGGUGUAAAAGGGCCGCAUGAGAGAAAGAGGAGCUUGAUGCUGUCCCACCUCCAGAGCAGAGCAGCAAAAGGAGCAUGCUCUCCAGGACUCCAUGCCAGGGGGUAGUGCGUGAAUAGCAAGACCAGCCCUGUGUUGCUGUUUCUAUGGGUGCUAGAGCUUCGUGGUGGGAGCAGGUAACUAACCCCAGUUGUGGGGGAAACAGACAAAUGGGACACAGGCUGGAGGAGGAGCCAUUAGCGCUUUAUUGUGUGAGACAGGAACCAAGAGAUCAAUGCAGCUCUGUGCCACCCAAAGCUGCCUUUGCCUUUCAGGACAUCAGCCUGUGUGUUGCUCCUGAGCUCUCCCAAAUAUCGGGAGGAAGGUCUCUCUGCUUUGUCCAGUCUGGGCAGCAGCACAGGGCCGUAGGGCAGGGAUCUUUGUGUAAAAACCAAACAAAAAGUAGGAUGGAGGGUGAUGGCCAACCCUUUCCUUGUUGUUGAGUGUAGUGGAAUGGGGGAUGGAGCAAGGAGAGCUUUGGAGGGGUUGGGAGGGAGACAGGUCCAGUUUUUAAUCAUCGUGUAGAGUGAUGAGCUGAACACCUCUUAUUUUAUACAAUAAACAUUUCUCCAUAAGUAA